GUCCCGCCCAUUUGCAUGACAGGGAAAAUCAUGGCAGCUUCCACUGACAACAAUUUGAAUAUUUCAGCUUCUAUUGCUGGUAUUUUGAAUGAGAGACACUGCUCUGAACAUUUGCAGGUGUUAAAAACGUUUACUGCUGCGUUGCGGGAUGAGGAAUACAGGGAUGCUGUGGAAAAGGAGGUGUUCUCAAAUCUACUGAGAGUCCUCACCAGACUGUGCGAAGAACUGCAGACUGCCAACAGGGAUGGAGAUGAUCUGCAGUCUUCAACCUUGCAGCUUCAGCUGACUGCUGAGUGCUUCAGAGUACAGAGGAACUCCUGUGUCCAGAGUGAACGCAACCAAACACUGCUCAGAGAACUUGGUUUCAUUGAUGUAUCCAUUAAAAUCCUGAGUGUUCUUCAGGCUAUACAUUCAGAAAGCAAAGAUGCCAUAUUUGAACCUCUUCGUUGUGGGAUCCAGUUUCUUGGAAACUUAGCAGUUGGAAACCAGUUGUGUAAAGAUGACGUUUGGCAGCUAAGCUUUCCUGAUCUUCUCCUGAAGCUGCUCAGUGUUGAUGAUGAAAAAGUGCUGAACUAUACCUCGAUGGUUCUCCACACUUGUCUGGAUGAGACCAAAGUGGAAGAUUUGUCAAAGCCGCAAUAUAUCCAGCUGGCACUCAGGGUGAUGGAGCUCUGUAGGAUCCAACCCGACCUGGACUGGACGGUGCUUAUUGCAACCCAGCAUUUCCUCAUGUCUUCAGCUCUGGUGGAGAGCAUGUACUCUGGGAUGUCCCAUCAUGAAAGAGUUACUCUGUUAGAGCUGCUCUUUGCCCAGUUACGAGAGGAGGACUCAGAUGAGUGUGGCAUUCCCCCAAGUGUGGCUCGCUUCCUGGCCAGUUCCUUCCAGAAGGGUUGUGGAGCUGUUCUUACACUCGCUACUGGUUCUGCUUCCAGUGAUGAGGUCCUGCAGGAGGCACUGACAGUGAUCAGUCUGCUGGACUUGCUGUGUGAGUUGACCUCAGACCACAAGCAGUUCAUGUUCCUGCAAAAUCAUCCUGACCUUCUUGUGACCACAGUUGAGCUCCUGGAGCAGGUGCAUGCUAUAGGGAAGGCCAGUAAGAAUAUUUUCAGCACCGCUCAGAACUUCUCAUCUUUUAGUGGAGAUGGAGACCCUUCAUCACAUUCACCUGUCAUCAGCUUUAAGGCCCACCUCAUCAGGCUGAUAGGAAACCUUUGCCACAGCAACCCUAACAACCAGAAUAAGGUGAGAGAACUUGAAGGCAUCCCACUCAUCUUGGACAACUGCAACAUAGACAGUAACAAUCCUUUUAUCAACCAGUGGGCCAUCUUUGCUAUCAGGAACCUCCUAGAACACAACAGGCAGAACCAGGAGCUGGUCGCCGCUCUGGAGCAGCGUGGCCCAGCUGACUACUCUGCUCUCAGGGAGUUGGGUUUCCUGGUGGAAGAGCGAGAUGGAAGUUUGCUGCUCAAACCCGUGAGCAAGGACUCCUAAAACACUGGCGAAGCUGCAAGGAAGAAAAAAAGGAUCUCAACUUAUAGGCAGGUUUUCAUGUGAAGUGUCAGUUCAGAAAGGAAGUAUAUGUUCACGUAUAUUCAUCUUACAAGCUUCAUUAGUUACGCUUAUUCUGCCGAUUCAAAACCUGUCUACAAAAACAAAAAAAGUUUUGUGCCUGUCAAGAGAAGCUGACUGAUACACUGCCGAUAGGCUGGCUUACGAAAAAAAAACCAAACUAAACAAAAACAAAAAGACAAAGUGCUUUUAAUUAAAAUAUUUCAGAGAAGUAUGCAUAUCUUACUUUUCUACCUCAGCAACGCGUGCACUCAUGCCCUGCUGGGGCAUAAGGUAUUUUUUGACACACAAAAAGACCCAUGAGGUCUCCCUGGUAAAGAAGCCGAGGUCAGGAUGUCAGCAGCUCUUGCUUUGUCUUGAUCUGAGUCUGGGAAAUGAGGGGUUAGUGAGUGGCGAGCACAUGCUGGUACCUUUUGGAAAAGCUGAUGCCUUGCGGUUUAAUCCAAAGACAAAGAGCAUCGUAUUGUCCAGGCUUUCCGCUUUUCAGAGAUGGUGAUGUUACCAGCAGGGGUUGGAGUUUAAUCUCAGGCCUGUAGUGGCAUUUGCAGUAACCAUGAAACAGAGAAUGACCAAAACUUGAUGUAAUCUACCCCCUCCCUGCCUUACCUAAUUAAAUUGGGGCAACUUAGCCACGUUAUUGACAACCUCCUUAUUAAAAUGCUCAAAAUGGCUGCUUAUGUGAACAUAAAAUAUUACUAAUUAGGGACAUCUAGAUGCAGCAUGCAGUAAUAAAGCAAAUAGAUGGAUGCCCUAAUGUGUGAAGCACAGCAACGUUGGACAAACAAGAAAACCAGACAAAACAAAAAACAUUUUAUAUAAGUUUUCUGUUUCCUCGUGCUCUCCGUUUGAUCGUCCUUGUGCUGGUUGGAUUUUCUUGUUUUGAGUCCAGUCUUGCGUGUGUCACCUCAGGGCCACCAUACAGAUAUCUGACACUAUGCAUGUUUUAACUUAAAACCAAAGCUCAGUGCAUAUUAUGAGCUUAUUAUUGUGUCUGCUUGCUUUUGCACUCCUAUAUUAAUGCUACAACAGGAGUUUUAUAUUAAACAUUGUAUUGUGAAUUUUUCUUCAAUAGUAAUGAUAAAUAAGGCUUGAAUAGGCACCCUGCAAAAAUCUUUAACUAUUUUAAUACUUAGAACAUUCAUAUUUUACUUUAUAGGCAGCUCCUGUUUCCUCUAAUCUACUUAUAUUUGCCCUUUAGCAGACUCUAGAUAUUUCUUAGAUAUUUACAACAUUUCCUCUUUAUUUGUGUGCACCUCUUCAUUUGAGCAGUGGUAAAUGCUAAAAAUGCGCAUCCAUCAAGAGGGAAUCGAACAAGAGGCAUUAGUUUGCGAAAUGUCAUCCCUCCCUGCUCCUCCUGCUGACGGAUAAGCUGAGCGGUCCUGACACCUCAACAAUGCAGUGCUUUACAGGGGCUGCCCACACCCUGCUCCACCUUGUUUGCUCUGCCUCUGAUUUUUAAUGACAAAAUGUAUUGAAACAAUUGGACGGACUUUCCCCACAAUCCGACAGCAUAGUGAAGGGAGCUUAUGUGGUUCCGGUCCCCAGGAUUUCAGACGGCUAACAAAACAGCUGUUACUUGCGCUCGACUGGCUGGCUGCAAUGCUUUUCAGCCCCACAGGAAAGAGGCUGUGCAACUCAGCCGGGCUGAAUGAGGUGGCAUGGCUGCAGCCGCAUGUUCAUCUCCCUCCACAUCAGCCAAGGACAGAAUUUAUUGUUUCCCAUAUCAGCAAUUUACACCCACAGGCCCUUUUCUGCAACUUACUUGUGCCUUCUGGUUUCAUUUUGGCCUGUUGGUGUUUUCUUCAACUCUGGCUCAGGUAACGAUGCCUAAUAAAGAACUGCAUGUGACAAAAAAAA